AGUAAAAUACCGCACAAUAUCCUGCGAUAAGUUUAUAGUUUUUAAAUAGGAAAAAUAAGGAGUGGUCCAAUGAACUAAUAACUGAAUUUCCACUUGAAGGUUAAAGGAAACAUUUGCUCUUGAUGUAAUACUCCAAAGUCAAUAUUACUUUAUCAAUGAAUCCAGAUGUUUGCCGGUUUUAUGAAGUAAUCAAUUAAUUAUUAAUGCAACACGAAAUUUUAUCUGAGACUCCACAUUCAUUCCCAAAGCUUCCCAUCGCUUAAUAUUCUAUUUUAAAUCCAACAAGAAGAUCUGGCGUUCAGGUCUAUCCAAGAAUUUUCCUCGAUAGUUAACAAAGAGGUACAACUCCAGUGUUUUGUUAAUAAUAUGUCAAUGGAAAUAAUACGAACACAAUGGUUACUUCAUAUAAUGGUAGUGCUUUGUUGUUCAUGUGAAGGAUCCUCCCUUUUAUGCUACUCAUGUUCAGCAAGUAUCGGUUAUGGAAGUGCAUGUGAACAUGCUGAGCUAUUUACAACAACUAUAUCUCACCACGAAUGUUUUUACAAAAAUCCUGUUUGUGCUACUUACAGGAUAAAAUAUGACAACGAUAUUAUAAUAUAUAGGAGUUGUAAAAAGGCAGAUGUCUGUUUGGGCCUUUCUAAGAGAUACAACACUCCGCAAAACCAACUUCUUGAUUGCCAAACAUGCAAUGAUAAUCAAUUAUGCAAUUCUGCAGUCGAAAGAUAUUUAUUACCUGUUUCCUCCAGAUUGAUCCUUUUCGUUUUGAUCUCUAGUUCAAUUUUGACUUCUGUAGUUUGAACACCACAUAACAUUUAGAUCUAACAUUAAGGAGGCCAAUUAUUACCUCUUAUCAGAAGUUUCCCAGAAAAAUGUUGAUCGUGGUGCUAAUUUUAAAAUGAUUUGUAUUAUUUGCAUAUAUUUUGAGGAACGCUUAAAUUUCGUGAUCAGUCUCAUUCAGUUUUGUAGUGUU